AUGUCCAAGAAUCCAGUGAUGUCGCCUGACAGUGGUUACAUAAAGCCACAAGCGCGCGCUCCUCACGAUCCAAAUGUCGCGUUUGAGGAGUAUCAUUACUACGCGCAGAAAACCCGCGAAGAAGAAGACAACCUUGAGUCUCCCAAACUCAACUUGCGGCAACUCGUUAGCCUGAAGAAGAACCCUCAGGAUAGCAGCGUUGGCGAGAAUCCGAUUGCGACUUUAACCGAAAAGGACUAUGCUAGUGUUGAGAACAGGCUCACGAUAUCCGACGAGGAGUGGACGAACGCCAGUCGCGCAUUGCGAACCGCAUCAUGGGGCGCUUGCUUCUACCUAAUUACUACCGACGUUCUCGGACCAUAUGGAUCGGCUUUCGCGAUGGGAACUCUAGGAUGGGGACCGGGGAUUGCUUUGUACACCGUUUUUGGCUUCAUGGCUGGCUAUUCCGGAUACCUGGUUUGGCGAGUUUUCAUGGGCGUCGACAGUCACCAAUUCCCCGCCAGAAACUACGGCGACAUUGCAUUUAGGACAUGGGGUAGCUCCGUUCGACAUCUUACAAAUGUCAUGCAGGCCAUUGCCCUCCUGCUUCUAGUUGGUCAGGUCACCAUCCAGUUUGGGGAGAACAUAUCUCAAGUGUCUAAAUUUCGCCUAUGCUACGCCGUCUGUCCGGUCCUGUUCGUCUGUGCCGGCUUCUUCGUCUCCCAAAUCCGGACGCUCCGAUCCUUUGGGUGGAUAGCAAACUUCUCCGUUUGGGUCAACCUGUUGGUAAUUUUCAUAUCAAUGGGCGUCAUAGCGCACUCGCCUCCAAACUUCGCCAUCUCAACGCUCGGUUCCGCAGGUAGCGCUGUAAACCCCGACACAAUUACCCCGGUUGAUGGCAAGUAUCCUCCAAUCAUCCACUAUAAUGGUCUUCCUCCGAACGGGUUGGUUGGUUCAAUUAACGGACUCUUGUCUGCUGUAUUGGCUUACGCAGGUAUUCAGCUUUUCGUUGAAUUCAUGGCCGAGAUGAGACGUCCGAGAGACUUUAUCAAGGCAAUGUGGGGAGCCCAAUUUUUUGUCUACAGCGUUUAUCUUAUAUACGGGUGCUUUAUUUAUCAUUAUCAAGGCCAGUAUAGCUUCAGUCCAAGUUAUCAAGGCGUCAGCAUUUAUGGCUGGCAAACCGCUGGUAACAUGAUUUCGCUAGUGAGCGCUCUUAUAGCCGCCGGUCUAUACGGGAACAUUGGCGUCAAAGUGGUGUACAACAACGUCUUUAUGGAUCUGUUCCGCGCUCCUCCACUUACUACUAGGUUGGGGAAAAUCAUCUAUGCAUGCCUAGUCCCGGUAUUUUGGAUAAUUGCAUUCAUCAUUGCCGCCGCGAUUCCUGACUACUUUGGCUUUGUGAGCGUGAUGUCAGCUUCUAUGUUACUCAACUUGACAUACACAUUGCCCCCUCUGUUUGCCUUGGGCUUCGAUAUCCAGAAGAACGCCAUUCGUGCUGAAGAUGGAGAAGGAUUUGACCCCAACACUGGUAGAGUCGCCCGACAUGAGUCAACCGUGCAACGAUGGGUGCGCGGUUUCUGGAGCGGAGGCUCUUUCCAGGUUGGCAUCAAUAUCUGGCACGUGUUGUAUAUCUUGGCUUCCCUAGCUAUGAGUGGACUCGGAAUGUAUGCUGCUAUUGAAGGCAUGAUCGAGGCAUUCAAAAAUCCUGAGCUUAACUCUUUUUCGUGCAGAUCGCCGCUUGACCUCAGCCCCCAGUGA